AAUGAAACUCUAGUGGCUGGAGUCAGGGCAGAGCGUGAGGGGAGCCGGCACAGGCGGGCUUGCUUGCAGCCCAGCGGGAGCGGCCAGCCGGGCAGAACUAGCUGGACUUUCCGACGGGCCCCCAUCCCGAGGCUGCGGCAGCUUCGGUUCCGAGCCUGACUGGAACGGAGCCCGAGUCCCGGCCCCUGAGGGGAUCGCUCUCUGCAGACCAGUGGGACCCCGAAACUUGAACGCAAUACCUACUCCCUUUUUAUGCCUUCCUUUGUCACUUCCUCACCUUUCUCCCAGCGCGUUCUUUUUCCCCCCUUUUCGUUCUCCCUCCCUCGAAGGACACAAAAGUGGCUGCCGAGGAAAGAUUUGGAGGCAGUGGGAGCUUUUCUCUUCGGAGAGCGACCGUGUGGAAAGGAUUUUUGGGAAGCAGCUUUCUAACACCUCAGCCCUCCUGCCCCCCCCCCCCCCCAAGCCUCUCUUUACCUCUCUGAGGAGAAAAAGCCCGUAGAUUGAAAGUUCGGGGGGCAUCUUGCUGGGUGCUGUAAGAGGAAAGUGGGGGAGGACCCCGUCCUCGUCCCGGUAGUUGGCUGGACUUGUACCGGCCGUUGGAAACCCCGAAGUGCAUUUCCGUGUGGGACUUUUAUAGAUCUAUAUUUUUAGAUUUUUAAAUAUCAGAUAAAAAAAAUAUAUAUAUGCUUUCUAUAUAUUUCCUGACGACCUGCCCCUGACAGCGCGAUGUACAAUACGGUGUGGAGUAUGGACCGCGAUGACGCAGACUGGAGGGAGGUGAUGAUGCCCUAUUCGACAGAACUGAUAUUUUAUAUUGAAAUGGAUCCUCCAGCUCUUCCACCAAAGCCACCUAAGCCAAUGACUUCAGCUGUUACAAAUGGAAUGAAGGACAGUUCUGUUUCUCUUCAGGAUGCAGAAUGGUACUGGGGGGAUAUUUCAAGGGAGGAGGUAAAUGACAAAUUACGGGAUAUGCCAGAUGGUACGUUCUUGGUCAGAGAUGCCUCAACAAAAAUGCAGGGAGAUUACACUUUGACUUUGCGGAAGGGAGGCAAUAAUAAGUUAAUAAAGAUCUAUCAUCGAGAUGGUAAAUACGGCUUUUCUGAUCCUCUGACAUUUAAUUCUGUGGUGGAGCUCAUUAACCACUAUCAUCAUGAAUCUCUUGCUCAGUACAAUCCCAAACUUGAUGUGAAGCUCAUGUACCCAGUGUCCAGAUACCAACAGGAUCAAUUGGUAAAAGAAGAUAACAUUGAUGCAGUAGGUAAAAAACUCCAAGAGUACCACUCUCAGUAUCAGGAAAAGAGUAAGGAGUAUGACAGGCUAUAUGAGGAAUACACCAGAACAUCACAGGAAAUACAGAUGAAAAGGACUGCAAUUGAAGCUUUUAAUGAAACAAUUAAAAUAUUUGAAGAGCAGUGUCACACACAAGAACAGCAUAGCAAAGAAUAUAUCGAGCGAUUUCGCAGAGAGGGGAAUGAAAAGGAAAUUGAACGAAUUAUGAUGAAUUAUGACAAAUUGAAAUCACGUCUGGGUGAGAUUCAUGAUAGCAAAAUGCGUCUAGAGCAAGAUUUGAAGAAACAAGCUUUGGACAACCGAGAAAUAGAUAAAAAAAUGAACAGUAUCAAACCUGACCUGAUCCAGCUGCGCAAGAUCCGAGAUCAGCACCUUGUAUGGCUCAAUCACAAAGGAGUCAGACAGAAACGCCUAAAUGCCUGGCUGGGAAUCAAGAAUGAAGAUGCUGAUGAGACCUAUUUUAUCAAUGAGGAAGAUGAAAACCUGCCCCAUUAUGAUGAGAAAACCUGGUUUGUUGAGGAUAUCAAUCGAGUACAAGCAGAGGACUUGCUUUAUGGGAAACCUGAUGGUGCAUUCUUAAUUCGUGAGAGUAGCAAGAAAGGAUGUUAUGCUUGCUCUGUGGUUGCCGAUGGGGAAGUGAAGCACUGUGUGAUCUACAGUACUGCUCGGGGCUAUGGCUUCGCAGAGCCCUACAACCUGUACAGCUCGCUGAAGGAGCUGGUGCUCCAUUACCAGCAGACGUCCCUUGUUCAGCACAACGACUCCCUCAAUGUCAGGCUUGCCUACCCUGUCCAUGCACAGAUGCCCUCGUUCUGCAGAUAAAGAGGGAGUGGGAAGAGAGGUGGCUCUCUAGCAUUUUUUUCCUACAGUUUUUAUUAGACUAUGAGGGCAUUCUUUCUACGUAGACUGCUUGUUUUGCACAAGAAGUGAUCCUGUGAAUGUGGAGAGGCCGAGAAGCAGCCUGCCAGGAUGGGGGCGCAAGAAGCCUGAGCUUCUCUGAGACUCCGCUCUGCCGCUGCACCGACAUAGGGAGCUGGAAGCAGAUGUUGUUUUCUGGAAAGCCUAUUUCAUUGGGGUUUUUGUUUUGUUUAGCCAGGCACCCUCAGCAGAACGUAUUAGGUUUGAUGGGGGUGGGGGUUUAUAUCUGGAAAUCUCUGAAGAGUCCUUGUCCUCUUUUGGUCUUCGACUCUGAGAAUGUGGCAGGGGCAUGGCUCUUUGGGGAGUUCUGUUUUGAUCUGGCAGUCUCUCUUAACUUCCUCCCAAAAAGAAGUCUGUUUUGGUUCUGUGGUAGAAUGGCAUUUGGUGAAAAAGACAACCAAAGGAAAAUGAGGAGGCUUGGGAUUUCAUUUAGAGAAUCUUAGUCAAGGGGGUAAAAACACCUUCAACUGGAGGUACUUUAUUAACUAACACAAGUUAGGCAUCAGCAUCUCAGUGGCUCCUUCCUCUAAAGAAGCAUUAUGUUUAGAAACCAAAUUGAUCUCAGCAGAAUAAUAUUUGUUGCCAGACUAAGGUCUGAUGGAAAAGACAGCACUAGUAUCUGAAUGCACACUUCUGUACCAAAACUUGAAAGGAAAACUAGAAUUUGUUAGUUUUAGCAAACACUAAAAUUGGUCAGUGCAACUCCUUCUGCACCACCCUUGUUUCUCAGAGAUGAGGAAUAGUGUUCUUUUUGUGGGCAUGGUGAGCUUUGAAUCAUAAAAUGAAGUUGGUGCUUGUGUGGUGUUUCCUUAAAAGAAUGAUCUAUUGUUUGAAACCUUUGUAACUUGUUUGUAUGAGUAAAGAAAAGGUGCAAUCCA